AUGCACGGCGCGGACGAGGAGGAGGAGGCGGCGGCGGGGAGGGGGCCGCGAAUGAGCGCGGCGAGCACGCAGACCGACAGCAUGGCUGGCCAAAUACCCAGGCUUUCUAAGGUCAAUCUUUUUACUUUGUUCAGUCUCUGGAUGGAGCUCUUUCCUUCUGCCGAACAACAGAAGAAAUCACAGGUAAAGAAGAGCGGUCUGGUUGUGGUGAAAAACAUGACCAUUAUUGGUCUUCACUGUUCCAGUCCAGACCUGCAUGCUGGUCAGAUCGCGCUCAUUAAACAUGGAUCGAGACUUAAAAACUGUGAUCUUUACUUUUCCAGAAAACCGUGUUCAACUUGCUUAAAAAUGAUUGUAAACGCUGGAGUGAACAGGAUUUCUUACUGGCCUGCAGAUCCUGAAAUCAGCUUGCAGAAUGAGGCAUCCAAUCCUGUGAUGACCAGUGAUGCAAAGCUCGAUGCCAAAGCAGUAGAAAGGCUGAAGUCAAACAGCCGUGCUCGGGUGUGUGUGUUGCUUCAGCCCUUGGUGUGCUACAUGGUGCAGUUUAUUGAAGAAACUUCCACCAAGCUUGAUUUUAUUAAAAAAAUAGCCAAAUCCCAGCCUGACUUUAAUACUGACUUUUAUACUGCAUGUAGACAAGAAAGAAUUAAAGAAUAUGAAAGUUUAUUCCUGAUUUCAAAUGAGGAAACACACAAGCAAAUAUUGAUGACCAUAGGACUGGAGAACCUCUGUGAAAAUCCAUACUUCAGCAAUCUUAGGCAAAAUAUGAAAGAUCUGGUCUUGGUCUUGGCCACGGUGGCUGCCAGCGUCCCUGUCUUUGGUUGCUUUGGAUUUUACAGCAGUGAACCACAGCCAGCAAAUGAAACAUGCCAUCAGGGUUUGCCCCAAGAGAUUGCAAGGCACUGUAUGGUACAAGCCAGGCUGCUCGCCUACCGGACAGAGGAUCAUAAAACAGGAGUUGGAGCUAUUAUUUGGGCAGAAGAAAAAGCAAGAAGCUGUGAUGGAACAGGAGCAAUGUAUUUCGUAGGCUGCGGUUACAAUGCCUUUCCUGUUGGAUCUGAAUAUGCUGAUUUUCCACACAUGGAUGACAAACAAAAAGAUCGGGAAAUCAGGAAGUUCAGAUACAUCAUACAUGCUGAGCAGAACGCCUUGACAUUCAGGUGUCGAGAAAUAAAGCCAGACGAGAGAAGCAUGAUAUUUGUGACAAAAUGUCCUUGUGAUGAAUGUGUCCCUUUAAUUAAAGGGGCUGGUAUCAAGCAAAUCUAUGCAGGAGAUGUCGAUGCGGGAAAAAAGAAAGCAGAUAUUUCCUAUAUGAAGUUUGGUGAACUGGAGGGUGUAAGCAAAUUUACUUGGCAGUUAAAUCCAUGCCACCCUAAUGCCGUUGAGUUCCAUGAUCCCACAAUGAGGGAAAAUGGAGUUCAGAAGACAAAAUCGGUAGAUGAUCAGCAGCACCAGAACAAGAAACUGUGUCUUGGUCACUACUGAAUAAUCACUUAAGCACUCCUGCAUUCUUGCUCUGUGCUUUUUAUAACGCAGCCUGUUUGCACUUUCAAAUAACGAAGGAUUUUAUUUAUUGUUUGGAAAGUGAUUUUUAGAAUAACUUUAUUUAUGAUGCCUUGAAUGUUUUUCAGAAUUACUUGAAGGUCUUUUUAAUUUAGAAGUUCCUGGGGAAAAAAUGCUGCUUGUAUUUUCUAUGAAAGUAAUUGGGUGGCAAAUAAUUGUUAAUGCAUAAGAACAAAUGCAGAAAUUUGUUGCUGGUAGAUCAGAGGAAUAAAAAAAUGUUAUCUCUUUGCUCGGUGUAGAGAUUGAGGGAAUGAUUUCUAAGUUCUGGGUUCACAGAAUGCAGAAAUAAGCUGUGGUUCAAGUAGAGUGCUCAAAGGAAUCUCCAAGAAAACGGUAGAUAAGUAACUGGCCCAGUUCCUCAAAGUGGCUUUUGCUUCUCAGUCUGUAUAAUGGAGACACUGCCACUGGGACAUAAUGGUUGUUGGAGAAGUGAUUUGGAGAUUGUUUGUCUCUCAUAUAUAAUUUCUUCCAACUACCAUGGCAGCACAGCUGUUUUCUUCUGUGGUACUUGCAUUGCUGGGGUGUGUUCUUUGUGCUGCCUCAAGCACAUCCCAUCUGAAUUAACCUACACCUUUGCUUCCAUCCUUAAAACCCUGGAAGAAGAACUGUGUCCUAAGAUUCUGCUUAGUUUCAAUUUGUUCUUUGCAGGCUUUGGAUAGCAAAGCUGUGAUGGGACAGCAUGCAAAGCAGUACUAACACAGCAUUAGCUGCAGGGAGACUGUUCUCACGCAGUCUGGUCCUGCAGUUUAAGGUAGGUUCUUGAACUGCAGCAAGGAGCUGACAUUCCUUACGGCUCAUCAGAUAACUUCAUAUCAGAACUGGGAUGCUUGUAUCCUCUUACACCAUGAGAAUCUGCUCUUACUUAAGCUGGAGGAAGGCUUUCUCUCAGUUUAGUGAAACUGAACACAGCCUCGGGUAAGGUGAGAGGUGUGUGCAGUCAGCAGCAGAAAUCUUGCCAGGCAAGUGGCUGAUCCACCAUCACUGCUGUCCUUUCCCAGGGCCAGGAUGAAAACAUGACCCUGUUUGUCAACCAAGGGAAGGAUGGUGAAAUCCACUUUUUGCAUCACACCUCAAAAAUAUGCACAGUAGCUCAUGAGGAAGUGUCUGAUCUGCUGCUUCUUUGAACUGCCACCAGCUCGUGUGGUCCAGAGCACAGGACCUGAGAUCCUGGACCAGCAGGUCCAGCUGCAGGAGGUCUGUGCCUCUGUCAGACAGAGUCCAGCUUGGGCCUGGGGAGGAUGUUCCUGUUCUGGAUGUCAUGCAACCCUCGCAAACUGAUUUUCUUCCUCUCGUCAAGUUUCAUGGCUUGUAACUUCCACUCGAGUUUAAAACUGGAUAUUGGUGCUUCGUAAGCAAGACUGUCAUUAUAAUCUGUUCUAAAUCAAA